AUGAAUCAAUAUUUUUCAAAUUCAAAAGCAGUCGAUGAAGGAAUGUAUGCAGAUGAAAGCGGUGGAAAUUGUGAUUAUGAUGAUGAUGAUAUGGGAGUUGGUAGUGGUGAAGCUAUAAUGCGUCUUGAUUCAUCUUCUACUGCUGGUUUUAUGUCUCAUCACAUACCAAUAAUGGCUACAGAAAAAGUAGUUCAUGCAGAUUUUUUUAAUGAUUUCGGUGAUCUUUUCGAUGCAGACAGUUUUGCUCUUAAUGCUACAACAACUGGACAUCGUAUUCGAACAGUUGCUAAUAUACAUACUUGUCGAAAAGGUUUACGUAUUGCUGGUCGCUAUGCUCAACAACAUUUUACUGAUGCUGAACAAUGGUCACCAGUUGUUUCCACGAAUGCAAAACGAAGCGGAGUUGCUUCAGCUGUUGCUAACGAUCAUUUAAUGACGAUUGAGAGUAGCGUAUUAAAAAAAGAAAACAUUGAAUUAUAUGACAGUGAAUCUAAUAAUGGGAAAUUACAUGAUGGAACGAACUAUUGUCGAUUAGGCAGAGGUGUUCGUGUAAUAAAAUUUCAACAAUAUGAUUCAGUUUUAUAUAGAUCAAAUUCUAUAUUUAAUGUUUUAUCAACAUUGUCAAAUAAACUUAAAAAUUGUCCAUUUUCAGCAUUAGUUUAUCUCUGA